AUGAACAAAGAACUUGAAGGCCCGGUGCAGGAUGAUGAUGCCCAGUUGGCGGCGAUGGGCCAUAGGGCAGAGUUGAAACGACAGUAUUCAACGUGGGCUAUGCUGGGACUGGCUUUCGCUGUGCUUAAUUCGUGGACUGCGUUGUCGGCCAGUUUAUCAAUAAGUAUUACAUCUGGGGGUAGCGCAAGUAUCAUCUGGGGUCUUGUCACUGCGGGGUUUUGCAAUUUGUGUAUUGCUACUUCCUUGGCAGAGUUUCUGUCCGCAUAUCCGACGGCUGGUGGACAGUAUCAUUGGGUUGCAGUUAUUUCCUGGCCAAAAUGGGUCCCCAUUCUCUCCUGGAUCACAGGAUGGGUCAACGUUGCAGGAUGGGUCGCUCUUGUGGCAACCAACUCGCUUCUUUCGAGUCAACUUAUUGUCGGAUGUAUUUCCGCUAUGCAUCCAACUUAUGAGUCCACCCGUUGGCAACAAUUUCUUAUCUAUGUUGGCCUAACGCUGGGUGCGUUCGCUAUUAACGCCUUUGGAAAUAAACUUCUUCCAAUUAUCUACCGUGGGGCCUUUACAUGGUCAAUUGGUGGGUUUGUGAUUGUUUCAAUCACAGUACUAGCUUGUGCUUCGCCCAACUACAAUUCUGCAUCCUUUGUGUUUGCCAAUUUUGUGAAUCAGACAGGAUGGCCUGAUGGUGUUGCAUGGUUGCUUGGGCUUCUGCAAGGAGGACUCGGAGUCACUGCAUUUGAUGCCGUCGCGCAUAUGAUUGAAGAGGUCCCCAAUGCUUCAGUUGAGGGUCCCAAAAUCAUGGUCACUUGUGUUGGCAUUGGUACAUUUACUGGAUCUAUCUUCCUGAUCGUUCUGUUAUUUGUGGCUGGUAACAUGGACACUGUCGCUACCUCCGCUGCCGGACCUCUGCUUCAAAUCUUGAUAGACGCCACAAGCAAUACAGCCGGCGCUAUCUGUCUUCUCAUGCUGCCUCUCGUCUGUCUGAUUCUCGCAAUUCUCAGUGUGAUGACUACGAGUAGUCGAAUGAUCUUCGCAUUUGCAAGAGAUGGUGGUCUUCCCGCCUCCAAGUUCUUUGCUCAGGUCCACCCUACUCUUCAAUUGCCAUUGAAUGCGCUUAUCUUAACCGUAGUGGUGGUUAUCUGUUUCGGAUGUAUUUUUCUCGGCUCAUCAAGUGCUUUUAAUGCUAUUAUCUCUGCGGCUGUUGUGACACUUGACCUGUCGUAUGGUCUUCCAAUUCUUGUCAACUGCCUGCAAGGGCGUAAUGCGCUUCCAGAGAGGAAAUGGAAGCUUCCUCGUGUUGUUGGCUGGAUUGCUGAUAUUAUCUCCCUAUCAUACAUUGCACUUACGACUGUUCUAUUUGUCUUCCCGCCAUCCAGCACCGUGACCGGUAGCAGCAUGAAUUACUGCAUUGUGGCAUUUGCAGUCAUUAUCAUCAUUUCCGUCUUCCAGUGGAUUGUUGAUGGGCGUAAGAACUUCACUGGCCCGCGUAUCGAUCUAGGAGUUGAAGGCGUGCCAGUGGGUCAUGGGGCUGCUGAGGAAGCAGAGCCAGGCACAAGUAAGGCAUAA